AUGGCGCCAUGGUGCUGGACACGGGCCUGUGGACAGGGCCCCCAGGAGCCCCAGACGUCUGGCCACUCCCACGCCUGCGCCCCUCUCUUGCUGCUGCUGCUGCUGCUGAGAGCCGAGGGUUGCUUGGGCGUGGGCGGAGCCCAGGGGGCGCUGUCCACGGCAGCCCCGGCAGACCCAGGAGUCCCCUGCACUCCCAAGGCCACCUCUCCCUCGGGUGGGCCUCGCCUUCCCCGGCAGGCCCCUACUGUCCAGGCGCUGACUUCCACCAUCCAGUUGGAGUCCCCUGUUUCUAAUGAUUUCUUACCCUGUGAGUACUCCUGUGGCUACUCCUACGAGCAGGACCCCACCCUCAGGGACCCAGAGGCCAUGGCUCGGCGGUGGCCGUGGAUGGCCAGUGUGCGGGCCAAUGGCACACAUAUCUGUGCGGGCACCAUCAUUGCCUCACGGUGGGUGCUGACCGUGGCCCACUGCCUGACCCAGAGUGACGUUCUCUAUUCAGUGAGGGUGGGGAGCCCAUGGAUUGACCAGAUGACGCAGACUACCUCUGACAUCCCGGUGCUCCAGGUCAUAGUGAACAGCAGGUACCGGUCCCGGCGAUAUUGGUCCUGGGUUGGCCGCGCCAACAACAUUGGCCUCCUCAAGCUCGAGUGGGUGCUCAGCUACAACAAGUAUGUCUGGCCCGUCUGCCUGCCUGGCCUGGACUAUGUGCUGAAGGACAGCUCACUCUGCACUGUGACGGGCUGGGGACUUCCCAAAGUUGACGGUGAGUGGCCCCAGUUCCGGACCAUUCAGGAGAAGGAAGUCACCAUCCUGAACAACAAGGAGUGUGACAGCCUCUACCACAAGUUCUCUAGAAUCCCCUCUGUGGUUCGGAUCAUCAACUCCCAGAUGAUUUGUGCAGAGGACACCAACAGAGAACACUUCUGCUAUGAGAUAACUGGUGAGCCGUUGGUCUGCCCUUCGGAGGGCGUGUGGUACCUGGUAGGAAUGGUGAGCUGGGGCGCAGGCUGCAACCAGAGCGAGGCCCCACCCAUCUACCUACGUGUCUCUUCCUACCAGCAUUGGAUUCGGGACCGCCGCAACGGGCAGCCCCUGGCCCUGCUGGCCCCAUCCAGGACCCUGCUCCUGGCACUACCACUGCCCCUCAGUCUCCUUGCUGCACCCUGACAUGCUGUGUGCUGUCCCUGGGUGUGUCCUCCCACACCCAGGCCCCUCCUCGCACUGUGUGCCCAGAAUGCUGCAGGUGCAGCUCUCAUGGCCCUGCAAGGCAGGGAGAGACGUGGUGCUCAA